AUGCAACAUAUGAUGUCCAGGUUUAUGUUUGACCUGGCUGCUAUGCCUCUCUUCGGUGUUGAUCCUGGCCUCCUAUCAUCGGAAAUGCCACCCAUGGUUGUCGCGGUUGCCUUGGACAUAGUCAUGGAGGUGGUAUGCUUUCGGCACAUGAUGCCAUCUUAUUGCUGGAAACUGAUGAGGUGGUUAAACAUCGGUCCUGAGAAAAAGCUCAAUGUGGAGCACACACUGCUACGAAGGUUCAUCAAGGAGAUGAUGGAGAGGAGGAAUAUCAAGACGUGGCAAGUUAAUAAUGAUGAGGAAGAAGAAGGUGUGGAUAUUGUAUCUUUCUUCCUCGAUGACCCAUGCUACGCUAAUGAUGACUUGUUUUGUGCUAUCACCAUUGGCUACAUGCUCGUUGCGAGGGACACAGUUGGAAUAGCCUUGACAUGGAUCUUCUACAACCUCGCCCAGAACCCUAACAUCGUUUCAAUCAUCCGCAACGAACUCUCACCGGUUGCAUCACAUAAAGUAGUAGCUGGUGUUGGAACUAUGGUGAUAUUUGAGCCGGAUGAGACCAGAUCUUUAUCCUAUCUUAGGGCUGCCUUGUAUGAGACUCUUAGGUUGUACCCGCCGGCGCCUACUGAGCUCAAGAUGGUGGUCGCUGAUGAUACAAUGCCGAGUGGCCAUGAGGUGCAUGCCGGCGACGCCAUCUUUAUUUCUCUUCAUUCCAUGGGGAGAAUGGAGGGCAUAUGGGGUAAGGACUGCCUUGACUAUAACCCAGAUAGGUGGCUCUUGAAGGAUGGCGAUGGUCUAAGGUAUGUACCACCUCACAAGUUCCUGGCCUUUAACUCGGGGCCAAGGAUGUGCCUCGGUAAGGAAAUCGCGGUUAUGCAGAUGAUGAUUGUCGUGGCCUCAACGCUAUGGAACUUCGAUGUGCAUCUGGAGAAAGGGCAAAGCAUCGAGCCCAAGGCAUCUUGUAUACUAGAGAUGAAAAACGGGCUUAUGGUUAAGCUGAAGAAGCGAGAAGUGUAA